UUCAAAAAAUAAAAUAAAAUAAAACCAAUCCAAUCUUCGAAAUGCAGAAACUUGACGACAAUCAAACGAUGUGACCAAAAUUCAAUGGUUCUCUGCCUCUUGAAAUAUCUGAACAUCACAAAUUACAACUGGCGCAUAGGAACAGAUCAAACACAAACACGAGUUUCAUUAUAAUUUAGAUUCAAUAAUAAUGCCAACCACAGAGUUCCAAUCUCCGCUCUUAUCACCGGAGGAUGAUUCUAUACCGAAGAAACAAUGCAUCGAUGAGAUGCUUCAGAAUUACUGCGGCGAGUUUGGACGAUGGCAGCUGAAGCAUUUCGUAUUGACGAGUCUCGCAUGGGCAUUGGAAGCAUUCCAUACAAUGAUCAUGAUAUUUGCUGACCGUGAACCGGAAUGGCGGUGUCGAGAAGGUGUUGCCGGUUCGGGUUGCGAUUCUGCGGCGAAGAGUGUGUGUGAACUUGAACCGGGUUCGUGGGAAUGGGUCGGAGGUAUCGGUUCUUCGACAGUAGCGGAAUGGGGUUUGGUUUGUGGUGAUAAGUUUAAAGUUGGGUUGGUUCAAGCCAUGUUUUUCGCCGGCUGUAUGAUCGGUGCUGGAAUCUUUGGUCAUCUCUCAGAUUCAUUUCUAGGAAGAAAAGGAUCUCUCACAGUGGUCUGCAUCCUAAACAGCAUAUUUGGCAUCUUGACAGCAUUCUCCCCAAACUACAUCUCCUAUUUCAUUAUCCGCUUCCUCACCGGAUGCAGCACAGGUGGUGUUGGCCUUUGUGCUUUCGUCCUCGCCACAGAGCCCGUGGGCCCCACAAUGCGUGGUGCCGCUGGCAUGUCAACCUUCUACUUCUUUUCCUCAGGCAUAGCAGUUCUAUCAGGCAUAGCAUAUAUCUUCCCAACAUGGCGCAGACUAUACAUAGUUUCCUCCUUUCCCUCACUCUUAUUCCUAAUCUUCGUCCUCCCCUUCAUCUCGGAGUCCCCUCGAUGGUACCUUGUUCGAGGACGAAUCAAAGAAGCCAUGAAAACCAUGUCCACCAUAGCUACCUCUAAUGGGAACCGCAUUCCACGCCUAGUUUAUCUCACACUCGACGAAGAAUCAUCAUCACCCUCAUUUAAUAAUAGUACUGAGGACAAAGAUGCGGUGUCAGGGUCUCUAGUUGACGUGAUUCGUUCACCAGUAACACGAUCACGUUUGAUUUUAGCGAUAAUAAUCAACUUGUUGUGCUCAGUAGUGUACUACGGUCUAAGCCUAAAUGUAGUAAACCUCGAAACAAACCUUUACCUUAAUGUAAUACUCAACGCGGUGGCGGAGAUGCCAGCCUUCAUGAUAACAGCGAUUUUGUUGGAUAAGUUAGGGAGGAAGCCAUUAACAAUAGGGACAUUAUGGUUUAGUGGACUUUUUUGUUUUUUGGGGAGUUUGAUGACAAAUAAAGGGGUGUGGAAAGGAGUGAAAAUGGUGUGUGGAAUUUUGGGAAUAUUUGGGAUGGCAGGGACUUAUAAUUUGCUCUUUAUUUAUACAUCAGAGUUGUUUCCAACAGUUGUUAGGAAUGCAGCACUUGGGUGUGCUACACAAGCAGCACAAAUGGGUGCAAUAUUGGCACCAGUUGUUGUCGUUUUGGGUGGUUCAUUGCCGUUUGCUUUAUUUGCUUUGUGUGGAGUUUUUGCUGGGCUUUUUUCAUUUUGGUUACCUGAGACACUAAACCAACCACUCUAUGAUACAUUAACUGGAAUGGAGGCAGGGCAAGAUGUUACCUCUGCUAAGGAUAGUAGUGUAUGAAGUUGCUUGCAAUUUCUUUUUUUUGGAUAAAAGGAAGUUUCUUGCAACUUAAAUAAUACCUCUUUUAUACUUAUUGAAGUUUUGUUUUGGAUUUUAAUAUUUGUUGUAUAAAUUUGGAGUUACAGUAUUGUUUUGUUUUGU